CAGGGGUGUCACACUGGAAGCUUAAGCAAGAGCCAAGACAUCUUAUUCUACUCCCAGACACUGACCAGCUGGGGUCGAAAAGCCAGCAAGUGAGGGAAGGAAGGAGCCGGAGGCAGAGAAAGUGGGAACAGCUCUCAGUAAAGUUUCAGAGGGUCUACAGCCAUGAGUGAACUGGCCACACAGAAGGCUGGUGAAGGCACUGUGUCUCGCCUGCUUAACGUGGUGGAAAGUGAGCUCCAGGCAGGGAGAGAGAAGGGAGACCCUACAGAGAAGCAACUUCAGAUCAUCCUGGAGGAUGCUCCCCUCUGGCAGAGAUUCAAGGAAGUCACUAAUGAAAUGAUUGUGACCAAGAACGGCAGAAGGAUGUUCCCUGUCCUGAAGAUUAGUGUCACAGGGCUGGACCCCAAUGCUAUGUACUCUCUCCUACUGGACUUCGUCCCGACCGACAGUCACCGCUGGAAGUACGUCAAUGGUGAAUGGGUCCCUGCAGGCAAGCCAGAGGUCUCUAGCCACAGCUGUGUCUACAUUCACCCCGACUCCCCCAACUUCGGGGCUCACUGGAUGAAAGCUCCCAUCUCCUUCAGCAAAGUGAAGCUGACCAACAAGCUCAAUGGAGGUGGGCAGAUAAUGCUGAAUUCUCUGCAUAAAUAUGAACCUCAGGUGCACAUAGUCCGUGUUGGAGGCGCCCAUCGAAUGGUCAUGAACUGCUCAUUCCCUGAAACUCAGUUCAUCGCUGUGACUGCCUAUCAGAAUGAGGAGAUAACAGCUCUCAAAAUCAAGUACAACCCUUUCGCCAAGGCCUUCUUGGAUGCCAAGGAGAGAAACCACCUCAAGGACGUUCCAGAGGCCAUCUCUGAGAGCCAGCAUGUGACCUACUCUCACUUGGGAGGCUGGAUCUUUUCCAAUCCGGAUGGCGUGUGCACAGCAGCAAACACCAAUUACCAGUAUGCUACGCCUUUGCCUCUGCCUGCUCCGCACACACACCAUGGCUGUGAGCACUACGCUGGCCUCCGAGGUCAUCGGCAGGCUCCCUACCCUUCUGCCUACAUGCAUAGAAACCAUUCUCCCUCAGUGAAUUUGAUAGAAAGCUCAAGCAACAAUCUGCAAGUUUUCUCCGGACCUGACAGCUGGACUUCCUUAUCCUCCACACCCCAUGCCAGCAUCCUGUCUGUACCCCACAGCAAUGGCCCAAUCAACCCAGGGCCCAGCCCCUACCCGUGCCUGUGGACCAUCAGCAAUGGAGGUGGGGGCCCCGUGGCAUCAGGCUCAGAGGUGCACGCCAGCACCUCAGGAACGUUUCUCCUUGGGAACCCUGCUGUCACUUCACCUUCCUCUUUGCUCCCCUCCCAAGCGACCACUUCAGCUGGUGUGGAGGUCUUGGGUGAACCUUCACUGACCAGCAUUGCUGUGUCCACCUGGACAGCCGUGGCCUCACACCCCCUCCCAGGCUGGGGUGGCCCAGGUGGAGCUGGGCGCCAUUCCCCCUCUUCAUUGGAUAGUUAGGCAGGAUCCUAGGAGCCGCUGCCAGCAGAGAACUGUCUGUAUUUGUGUGCAUGGCAACCUAAUCUGAUGGUUCCAGAGAGUUGAGCGGCAGGGUCUCUUGACCCAGAGGCCUGGAGCGGUGCAUGGUGAUGCCCAAAAGCCUCCCGGAAAAAAAAAAGGUUUAGUCUAGGUGACUCUGAUGUUACUACUUGUGUCUCUCACCAUUUCCUGUGGCUCUCCUGCUUUCUCUGAGUUGAUUUAUCUUGGCCACGCUUAGGUUGCAAAAGUCAGCUUGGUCUAAGUGCCCUGCUCCUUACUCUCAAGCCGUGCUGGGAAGCCUCGCUCCCUUUUUUCUGGAGUCAGUGCAUGGUGUUGAGGAGAGCUCAAAUUUUGCCUAUGGAGGUUGCUGCUUUUUAGCUCUGUGCAGACUUGGAAAGAGUGUGUGGCCCUAAGACCCGAGCUGGCUUCUGCGUUGAGACCUAGAGAAGAUGAGAGGCCAUAAAGUUAACAACAGCAAGCUAGCACUAACGUCAGUCCUGUGCUGCUCACAGAAGUGUGCUGGGAAGUCAGGAAACGAGGCUGAGCCCUCACUAGGCCAUCAUUAGUGGCUCCCAUUGCCUACAGAAUGAAGUUCGAUGACCCCAUAUUCUAAAGACAGCCUCUACCAUUUGGCAUUGCUCCGUGCCUCUGGCUUUGAUUCCUGUUAACUUUUCAGCACCCUCCGCUCGAGGCAGACAGCUCUCCUUGCUCUGAACACUUGCUUCCUGUGCUUGAAGCAUCCUCUCUCCUGUCCCACCUGUGUGAAUUGUACCUGCUUGGCCAGGACUGGUUGAAAGGCCAUUCUGCUGUCAAUCACCUGAGGUGAUGUUUGGCUAUCUCUGUCCCCUGCUUUCCCGCCAUUUUUACCUCAGGCAUAGAGCUCGCUUCAUUCUGCCUUAUAUUUCUGCGAGUGUAUCUGUCUCCCUCAUAGACUGUGAGCCUCUUGAGGGUGAGAGCUAGCCCUCCUCAUCGUGCCCAUAGCCCCUGGUACUGUGCCUUGACUA